AUGACGAAAACUAGCACUGUGACAGGACUCGAUACUUUUGUGAAAUCAUAUAAAUCACAUAAGUCAAAGACAACAGACGCAGCAGUGGUGAUGAAUGAGAAACCUUCUCGCCUCUAUGAAAUCAAAGAGUGCGUGGGGAAGGGAAGUUUUGGGGAUGUUUUCCGCGCUACUCAUCGACAGACUGGCGAAGUUGUUGCUAUCAAAAUUAUAAAUCUCGAGGAGACUCAAGAUGACAUAGAUGUACUUGCUCAAGAGAUCUACUUCUUGUCUGAAUUGAGAGCCCCCUUCGUCACUACUUAUUUCAAAACAUUUGUCGAGGACGUUUCCAUGUGGAUCGUGAUGGAAUUUUGCGGUGGAGGCUCCUGCGCUGAUUUGCUUAAGCACCUCCCGGAACAUCGCCUUUCUGAAAAUAAAGUGGCAUACAUCAUCAGAGAAGUUCUUUUUGGCCUCGACUACCUGCACAGUCAGAAGAAAAUACACCGCGACAUUAAGGCUGCUAAUAUUUUACUCACAGAUGAUGGUGAGGUAAAAUUAGGCGAUUUCGGAGUUAGUGGCCAAAUUAUGGCCACUCUCAAGCGCACAACAUUUGUUGGCACGCCAUAUUGGAUGGCUCCCGAAAUAAUUGCUAAAAAAGACAAUGGAUACAACGAAAAAGCAGACAUCUGGUCACUUGGGAUAACUGCAAUAGAACUGUUGACAGGUCAACCUCCAUACGCUAAACAUGACCCAAUGAAGGUCCUCGUAAAUAUUCCGCUUAGGAAACCCCCAAAGCUACAAGGGCGGUUUACAGGUAGUGCGCGUGAUUUUAUUGCGCUGUGCUUAAUAAAAGACCCGGACUUGCGCCCUUCUGCUGCAGAAUUACUCGGGCAUAAAUUCCUCAACAAGGCAAGUUGGAGAGGUUCAGGGACGCUUAAGAGGGAAGUUGACUUAGUAAAGGCGUUGAAGAAAAGAACCAACUAUUUCAAAGAACCGCGUCACUCCGUUGAAGACAAUGUGUACCCAGCGGACGGCAGCAUGCAUUUACAGAAUUGGAACUUCGAAACCACCAAAACAAGCACAACACGGAAAUCAGAGCUCGUCUGCCACCGACCAAGCAUUGAAAAAAGAAAGCCAGUUGCAAAACUACAGAUUGUUGAGGAACUUUCACCUAAAACUGAAACAAGCCAUAUAUCGGCUAUGGGAAGCCCUAACGUCGACACUCCAACAACAAAUGCAACCUCACCAAGCAUGGGUCAUUAUAAUCAUGAGAAGGACCUUGAUAUCUCAAUGGGCCUUCACGAAGGAGAAGCUAUAAAAAAAGACAUUCGACCAGUUGACUGUAAAGAGCUGAAUUAUUUCAAGCAUAUUAUACUUUACAGCUUUAAUAGGGUGCUCGAAAGAGCUCGUUCCGGCGACACAAAGUUAGACGUGACCCGCCUUAGAGAUAUAUUUGAGGAAGCCGAGGGAUCACAACCCGGCCUGAGCGAAGCAUUCGUGGAAGAAGUUUAUAUAAGGAUGGAGGAAAUCAAGGGCUACAUAGUUGAGACGUCGUUUCAAUAA